AGCAGGGCAGACAACAAAGUACUGUCUUGUAUAUCUGACUUGGUCACAUUUUCUGGAAUUUUCUUCCCUGUCUGUGAAACAUGCCAAUAGACUUCAGCGGAUACUGGAAAAUGCAAAGCAAUGAAAAUUUUGAAGACUAUAUGAAAGCACUAGAUGUGAAUAUUGCUGUGAGGAAACUUGCCUCCUUCUUAAGGCCAGACAAAGAGAUUAUUCAGAAUGGAAAUCACAUGGUGAUUAAGACCUUGAGCUCCUUAAGAAACUAUGUUAUGGAAUUUGAUGUUGGAAGAGAGUUUCAAGAGGAUUUAUCCGGUGUUGAUGAUCGUAAAUGCAUGACAACAGUGAACUGGGAAGGCAAUAAACUCUCUUGUGUACAAAAGGGAGAAAAGCCAGGUCGUGGAUGGACACAAUGGGUAGAAGGAGAUGAACUUCAUUUGGUAUGA